CUAAAUCCGGCACCAGCAUACGCUGCCUCUCCUCUUUGAUUCGUUUUGAGUUUUAGUGAGACACUCGUAUCUAUUUCUCUUUCUCACAUGUGAAUAUUUUCUGUAAUUGGUGAAUUUGGGAUUAAGCAGCUCGGAGCUGGAGAUGAGCGUGGUUAAGACUCAAGGGAACUGCAUCGCCAUCUCAACUCUCUCUCCUUCAUCUUCCACCAACCGUUGCGCACACGCUUCGUCUUCUGAUGAGUCAGCUUGUGCCACUCCAAAUUGGAUUGGUAAAGGCCUAACUUGUGUUUGCUUCAAGCGCAAGGGAGCUUAUGAACGACUCUCUGUUAACUUGACACCAGUGCAGGAAGAAAGACUGAAAAGAUUGAAGCACCGAAUGAAGGUUUACUUUGAUGCUUCCAAACCAGACCAUCAGGAAGCAUUGAGAGCACUAUGGUAUGCUACGUAUCCAGGUCAGGAGCUCCAUGGUUUAGUAUCUGAACAGUGGAAGGAAAUGGGAUGGCAAGGAAGGGAUCCAUCAACUGAUUUCAGAGGAGCUGGAUUCAUUUCUUUGGAGAAUCUGUUGUUCUUUGCUAAAACAUUUCCGACUUCAUUUCAGCAUUUACUGAAAAAACAAGGGGGGAAGCGAGCAGCAUGGGAGUAUCCAUUCGCAGUUGCUGGUGUAAAUAUUACAUUCAUGAUCAUGCAAAUGCUUGACCUUGAUGCCUCAAAACCCAGGACAUUUGUCAAAUCAAUUUUCUUGCAGAUGUUGUCAGAAAAUGAAUGGGCAUUUGACUUACUUUAUUGUAUGGCUUUUAUGGUCAUGGACAAAAAGUGGCUAGAGAGAAAUGCCACGUAUAUGGAGUUCAAUGAUGUCCUGAAAUCCACCCGGACUCAGCUGGAGAGAGAACUUCUUAUGGAUGAUGUCCUAAGAAUUGAAGAUAUGCCUUCUUAUAGUCUUCUAUGUUAGCAAAAGCCAGGUAGAAGUUCAGCAGGAGCCAUGAUUUGUUCAAUCCGUUGAUAUAUUUAUCAAAAUCAUGAUUGGACAUUUUCUCUUAUGCUUUCCCACUUGCUGGAUUCUAUCGUUGCAAGUUUGCAACUCUAUUGUUCUCAAGCUAUUACUGGGGAUUGGCGGAACUCAAAGAGAAGUAUGAAAAGAGUUUGUGAGAUUCCAUUUUUAGAA